AUGGACAUGUUGCAAUCUGCCGUGAAUCAGUCUAUGCUUAUCACUGGCGAGUCUGGCGCCGGAAAGACAGAGAACACGAAGAAGGUGUUGUCUUACUUCGCCAACGUCGGCGCCACCACCAAGAAGGACGACGAGAACAAGCCGAACUUGGAGGACCAGAUCGUGCAGACCAACCCUCCGCUGGAGGCUUACGGCAACGCCAAGACCACCCGUAACGACAACUCCUCUCGUUUCGGUAAGUUCAUCCGCAUCCACUUCGCCCCCAACGGCAAGCUCUCCGGUCUGACAUCGAGGUGUACCUGCUGGAGAAGGCUCGCGUGGUGUCCCAGGCCCCUGCCGAGCGUGGCUACCAUAUCUUCUACCAGAUGAUGACCGACCAAGUCCCUUACAUUAA